AAUACAUUUGAAUAAUAAAAUAAAUAAAAAAAUAGAGAAAAAGGUUGUUUUUAGUCUGUCGUGGGGAUCUUCUGAGAAAACAAAUAGAGACCUUUCUUUAACACAGAGAAAGAGCCUGAGAGACAAGUGAGAAACGCAACAACACCACCGAAAGAGAGAGUCCAAAUUCGAAAGAGAAAAAGAAUCAAAUUCCUUCUUCUUCCUUUUUUGAUUUUCAAUUAUUACUUUAAUCUUCUUUCCCGCUCUCUAUUCUUCUUCUUCUUUAGGAUCAAUCACCGUUUAGCUUUCUUCCCAUACGUCUCUCCGUUUACGACCAGUAUACAGAGGCUGGAGCUGGGGAAGAAAAGGAUUGUCUAUGGAGGGAGACGUCGGAAUAGGUUUGGUAUGCCAGAAUACUAUGGAUGGGAAGGCGAGUAAUGGAAAUGGUUUAGAGAAGACUGUACCUUCUUGUUGCCUUAAGGCUAUGGCAUGUGUACCUGAGGAUGAUGCUAAGUGUCACUCCACUGUUGUUUCUGGGUGGUUUUCGGAACCUCACCCUCGCUCUGGGAAAAAAGGCGGCAAAGCAGUCUAUUUCAACAACCCUAUGUGGCCAGGAGAAGCACACUCACUGAAAGUUGAGAAAGUUCUGUUCAAAGACAAGUCGGAUUUUCAGGAAGUCCUAGUGUUCGAGUCAGCCACGUACGGAAAGGUGCUUGUUCUAGAUGGUAUCGUACAGCUGACCGAAAAAGAUGAAUGUGCAUAUCAGGAGAUGAUAGCCCAUCUGCCUUUAUGCUCUAUAUCUUCCCCUAAAAAUGUAAUUUCUCACCUUAAAAAGUUUAGUCUCUCUGGUUUCCUAUAUCUUGUAGCCUGUUGCAAUAAAUCAGUCAAUCUAAAAGUUCUUGUUGUUGGUGGAGGUGAUGGUGGUGUUCUUCGAGAGAUUUCUCGCCAUAGUUCUGUUGAGGUUAUUGAUAUCUGUGAGAUAGACAAGAUGGUUAUAGAUGUGUCUAAGAAGUUCUUCCCCGAGUUAGCGGUUGGGUUUGACGAUCCUCGUGUUCAACUUCACAUUGGUGAUGCUGCUGAGUUCCUCCGUAAAUCCCCUGAAGGGAAGUAUGAUGCCAUCAUUGUUGAUUCUUCAGAUCCCGUAGGUCCUGCUCUUGCGCUUGUUGAGAAGCCUUUCUUCGAGACACUGGCUAGAGCGUUGAAGCCUGGGGGAGUUCUUUGUAACAUGGCAGAAAGUAUGUGGCUCCAUACUCAUCUUAUUGAAGAUAUGAUCUCCAUUUGCCGUCAAACAUUCAAAAGUGUUCACUAUGCGUGGAGCAGCGUCCCCACAUAUCCAAGCGGCGUGAUUGGUUUCGUCUUGUGCUCUACUGAAGGACCAGCUGUUGACUUCAAGAACCCAAUCAACCCUAUUGAGAAACUAGACGGUGCGAUGACCCAUAAAAGAGAAUUGAAGUUCUAUAACUCUGAUAUGCACAGAGCCGCAUUUGCUUUGCCCACAUUCCUGCGGAGAGAAGUAGCUUCACUUCUGGCUUCUUGACUUCUGUUUGGCUCUACCAUAUCCCUCAUAUCAAACUUUGUAGAACUCUUGAAGAGGAAUAAUAAAUCAUUGAAGGCUUU